AUCUUACAUUCAGUUAUUAGAUUGCCUCCUUCUCCGACGUGUUCGUCAAAACACGAACCUCUGCCAAUUUCCAAAGCAACGAGAAAUGGAACAAUUCGACAACUUGAUCCAGGGUGUUUACGAUCUGCUAAUGAACUAUGGACCAACAAACGAAAGUGGACCAUUUCCUGUCCUGGACAAUGUUCUGACAAGUAGCCAGAUUAUCAGACUCCGGUUGAAAGCACCUGGAUUAUUACUCAUGCCAUCUGAUGAAAAACCAUUGAAGAGAGACUUCGAGGAGGAUGGAAGUGACCAACUUGCUGCAAAGAAGAUCAAAAUAUCUGCUGCCGGAACAAUGGGUGUAAACACUACCCCGCCUCUUACACCCGGACCAGACCUAGAGGAAGCUGCUCCAGGACCCAGUACAACUUACAGCUCAUCUUCUGGACGUGCUUCUACCAUCUCACCCCCCUUCAAGCAGACACAGAGAGAACGAACACCAAUAGAGGAGUACAGACUACGACCACAGUUCAGGAAGUGUAGCAAGUGUAAUGUUAUGUUUGGAAGUAACGAACAGUUGGCAGUACACAUCUCCACCGCUCACAGGAACCAGCAGACCUGGAACUGUAUCGCUCAUCAGACCUGCCCCAUGGUGUUUAUGGAGGUGCGGAAUCUAAAGACGCAUGUGUACGAGAUCCAUAUAAAGGAGUGUCCGGUGUGCAAGUGUACGUUUGAGGAGUCCUCGCUCGCUAAACACAUAAUAUGCACCCACGCUGAGCUCACCACGUGUCCUAUCUGUGCUAACCAGUACUCGGAACAACACGCACUGAUGGUUCACGUGAAGACACAACACGAUCUGCCCUCCUACCGACUCAGAACCGAGUCUACUCUCAGUGUCAAGUCCGAGACUACUUCUCCUUAAACUAGCCUACACUCAAGUCCCAGACAACUUGAACUCUUUGACCCUUCUCCGGGAUGUUACGUGGAAAUACUCCUCUUCAUAGGUCCUGUUGGGACUUAAUGUUCUUGGGCGCCCAUUCAGAAUGACAGUUUUAACUUUAUAUGUGGUAGUCGUUACUGAUUGCUCGUUAGGUGGCAGAAAUAUCACACCGGCCAGUUAAAGAUUGAUAUGUCUACUCUCAAGUGAAGUUAAUCAUGUUUUUACAUUGCAGAUGACUAACGGUAUCUGCCUGAUAAUUACGAAUUUGUUUUGGUAUCAAUUUUUUACGGUAUUUUAGCAGUAGUAUUAUACAUCGUGAGGGAUUUUAUGCAAUUUCAUGUUAAAACGUUGAACGCGGUAGCCCUAAAUAAUAAAACACUGCUUUUGAUGCUAUUUUGUUUAAGAUGUUCGAAUUUGCAGUUAUAAUGUUGUUGUGGUUGUUACACCGAUGUUAUACAUGGUUUUAUUGAGAUAGAUGCUAUUAAUGAUAAGUUGCUAUUCGUUUUGCUGAAAUAAUGCUGAAUGUGAAUGUUAAAUGCGAAUUGACAAGUUCUUGUAUUAAUAAAAAUUUUGUACGUCUAAUGCUAAAAAAGCUAGUUGCUCUCACAUAUUAUGUGGUAAAUAUUAAAAAUAACAUACAGUAACCUCUCUAAACCCAUUUAUAAACCGCGGCAAUAACAACAACAUUUAAUAACGGGAGGUAACUGAUAUUCCUGUUGUUAUUUUAAGAGAUCACUGAAAGUUUCCCCCUCCCCGUUCCUUAAAUAUAUUUCAUAGCUCUGUUUCUCCGUCCUAAUCAAGGAGUCAGCUUUCAGCGAUUAAACUAACUUAACCAAGAACUGAGAAUACUAAGACUAUUGAACGGGAAAUCCGUCAGGAGAACUGGAGAAUGCACUAUUUCCCCCCGUUUUAAUUCCCCAAUGUUUCUCCCUUGUUUAUAUUCAUUGCAAUCCACUGCUCCUC